CGCCGUUUUCAUCAGAACAAGGACAUUUUGACGUCAUUGUGCUUGAGAUAACUAAUGAUGAAAAAUGAAUGCUUAGAGGCACAGAAUUGAGAAAUAAACAUCGAAAGACCAGCCAUGCAGACGUAAACAAACAAAAAAGAAAGCUACGAAAGUGAUGGACGGGAUGGCAUGGCAUCCCAAGGCGCUCUCGCUCGAUUCGAGGUCGGCGUGGGCGUGGACGAAUCUUGCAGGGAUGAAAACGUUCAGCUGUCGAAAGUACAAAAGAAAAAUUUUUCAAAAAAAAGAAAAAGACAAAAGAAACAAAGACAAAACACAGGAGAAAACACUCAACAAAAAUGAGCGACCGCUUUACAUAAAUGACAACAGCGAGAAUGACAUAGGAUGCAAAGUGUAACAAGGUGUGUAUGUAUGUAGCAAAGCAGCCACCGCAUCAAGGCUUUUGUGGUUGCUGCAUCAAAGUGGUUGUAAAGAGCAGGAACUGCCGCAGUACGAUUUCAAGAAAAACCUGCGUCUGCGUGCGUCUGUGUGUUUCUAUGGAAUUGUGCUCACCAAAACGAAAAAGCAGGUAGGAGGAUCAGAGUUUAAGUGUUGAAAGUGUCAACAAAAAAAAAAAUAAAAUAAAAAUAAAAGAACAGAACAGAACAGAACAGAGAAGAACAGUAAAAAAGAACAAAAUCAAUCGAAAAAUAUGAAUCUCUCCUUUUCCUGCUUCACAAGAACAGAAUAUCAUCCUCUCUUCUCUGUCUUGACUUCUCUUUUCUCUUACCUACCACACACACACACACACACAUUUACCCUUCCUUCUCCUUUCUACUGUACCCUUCAGAUACCCCCAUCUCCCCCAUGCUGUCCUUGACCCCCAUUGACCAUCUCUGACCAUGACUUUACUAUACUAUGGCUGAGUCCCAUGUGGGGUGAAGAGAGACCCCCAUCACCCCCACUAGAACCACUACUUUGGACCCUGGGAUUCGACUUCUCUUUUACAGCAGCAACUCUCUCACAAAUGAUGGUUCCUUCUCUUUUGGAAGAAGAAUCUCUGUAUUUAUAUUCAUCCUCAUAAUUAUCUACAUCAUAUUAGCUAACCCUUCUUCUCGUCCCAACACAUCGUACUCUCCUGUCCAUCGCCUUGUUUAUUACGCUAUUGUACUAUACUUCCUUAUUUUCAUCUUGCAUCGUCUGCUUUUCCUCCCUAUCCUUGCGAAAUCUGCCCAUCUCUAUUGCCUCUCAUUGGCUAGCUUAUUUUUCCUGCCUCUUCUUGUAUGGUCUGCUUUUCUGUUUUUCCUUCAAUCGUCGUCUUUUUUGAUUAACCCUAACCCUGAAAAUGGUUUCGUCCACCUAUAAAAUCUACUGACGACCGUGCGUGACCCAACCUUGCUACAACCACC